AUGGCGACUCCUCCGAUCCUCUCCUUAGCUCUUCCAUCUGAAACAGGUCGAGUUCUCAGCAUUCAGUCCCACACUGUCCAGGGAUAUGUGGGAAACAAAUCAGCUGUCUUUCCUCUCCAACUACUUGGCUAUGAUGUGGACCCGAUCAAUUCAGUACAGUUCUCAAACCACACAGGAUACCCAACUUUUAAGGGGCAGAUUUUGAAUGGACAACAACUAUGGGAGUUAGUGGAAGGUCUUGAAGCGAAUGAUUUGUUGUUCUACACUCAUUUAUUGACAGGUUAUAUAGGUUCUGUCUCCUUCUUGAACACCGUAUUAGAAGUUGUCAGUAAGCUUCGGUCUAUCAACCCCAACCUGACUUAUGUUUGUGAUCCGGUGAUGGGUGAUGAAGGAAAGCUUUAUGUGCCUCCAGAACUGGUAUCAGUAUAUCGUGAGAAGGUUGUACCAGUUGCAUCAAUGUUGACUCCUAAUCAGUUCGAAGCAGAACAAUUGACUGGGUUCAGGAUUGUUUCUGAAGAAGAUGGCCGGGAAGCCUGCAACAUUCUUCAUGCUGGAGGACCAUCAAAGUUCGAAGCAGAACAAUUGACUGGGUUCAGGAUUGUUUCUGAAGAAGAUGGCCGGGAAGCCUGCAACAUUCUUCAUGCUGGAGGACCAUCAAAGGUUGUGAUAACGAGCAUAAAUAUAGAUGGCAAUCUUCUCCUCAUUGGCAGUCAUCAGAAGGAAAAGGGUCAGUCUCCUGUGCAAUUCAAGAUUCUGAUACAUAAAAUUCCUGCAUAUUUCACGGGAACAGGUGAUCUAAUGACUGCACUGUUACUUGGAUGGAGCAAUAAAUAUGCUGAUAACCUUGAGAAAGCAGCAGAGCUUGCUGUAUCAAGCUUGCAGGCACUGCUGCUGAGGACAUUGACUGAUUAUCAGAGGGCUGGAUAUGAUCCCCAAUCAAGCAGUUUAGAGAUUCGAUUGAUUCAGAGUCAGGAUGACAUUCGCAACCCAGAAGUUAAAUACAAGGCUGAGAGAUACAACUGA